CGCCACCACCACCACCACCACCAACGGCAGCAGCAACAACAACAACAACGACGGGAAGAAAGAUGAGGUCAAGAGGAAAAGUGGGUCAGGAGAAAUCUCCCAAGGAAAACCCGAUGUAGACAGAAGCUCAGAAAAAAACCGAAAUCGAAAACUUUUUGAAUUCGGUCGAAAUAAAAAACAAUUCGAAAGAAACCUUCAAGAUCGCAAGAAGCGUGAACUCUUCUUAAAAACUCGGCAUUUAAGCUGCGAGUUCUUCACCUCGCUGAAGAAUCCAUACUGUGAGAAUAUGGCUGACAUUUAUCAAUGUAAUGUAGAAAGCGGAUUUAUUCUUGAUGAGAUUAGCAGAGUUAUGGAAAAUAUGUUCCAAUUUCUGGAUGCCGGCCUCAGUAAAGAAAGAGACAGCGUGGAAUUUGCCAACGCUAACAAUUUAGCUUCCAAAGAAACUGCACGCAGUGAGAUCCUUCGUUGCAGAGAACUUGGGUCUCUUCAGGAUUCAACUCAAAAUCUCGGAGAAAACCAAACGCAUUCUGUUUCUCUGAGCGAAGAAUUUCCAAGAAUUGAUGUAUAUACAGACGCAGAGGAGGACGAGAUUGGUAUAAGAGUUGACACAGAUAUAAAAGAUGGUGAAGAUGAUACAAUAUCGUAUUCUGAUGACUAUUCACUCGAAUUCAAUCGCAGCACUCACUUGGACGUGGUAGAUCAAACCAUGUUUAGCACAUAUUCCAAUUCAGGGAACAGCCUUAAGGAAGAGAUAUAUGAACAGUUGGAUAGCUGCCAGACGGCGAGUUCUUACGUGUCAGCAGAUGAAAAUAUCAAUAAAACUGAAAAUGACAGUGAUGAAGCAGAGUAUGCCGGGUCCUGCGUCAGUAAGAAUAUCUCUGACAGUGCUACUAACCGGACCUACACAUGUAAUUAUGUUCCCAAAACAGUCAAAGAAAGGGAUAAACAUGAAGUAAUUGGGGUUAAUGAUGAAUAUAACGAUGACGACGACGAUGAUGAUGAUGCUAAUUAUGACGACCUUAGUUUUGAUAAUGAAACAGACGCGACUGAAAUCGACGAAAGCGUGUUUGCAGACGACAGCGACGACUACGCUAUUGAUAUGGGUGUCGUCUGCGAAGAUUUCGAGUUUCAUUCGAACUCAAAGCAUUCCGAUAGUCCCAGUGCCGAAGAAAGAAAUGAUGUAAAUGUUAGAUUAUUGGCAAUCAAAGAAAACCAACCAAUGGUUAAGUUUGAGUUGGAAUCGAUAAAUGAGGAAACAUUGGAAAGUAAGAGCAGUGAGAUUCUAGAAAUAGAGAACGAGGCCGCCGAAAUGAAGAAAAUAGCUGUACAAAUAAAACACUGGGCUGAAAAAAUUGAAAAGGAGGUUGUAAAAAUUGAAAAUGUGACUGAAGAAAUUGGACAAAAUAUAGAACAAGAUGUAUAUAUGGAAACAAAGGAUGAAGAAAUCCAAAAGAACUCUGAAGUAAUUAGAAAAGAUGAUCAAAACGAUAAUGAGUUGGGUGAAGAUGAAAGCAAAACUGUUCAAGUGGAAAACGAUUGUAGCGAGAUUGACAUGAAGGAGACAAAUUCUGUUUGGUUAACAGACGACGAAAGGGAAUUAAUUGCAUCGCAGAGUCGAAUGGAAUUCUUGGAAGAAUUGUCUGUGAAUUAUAGCAUUCUUCAACGAUUCUUGCUGAUAAGCGAUGAUCCUACAACAGGAGCAAUGAUAUUGCCUGUUGUUCGUUGGAUGUGGGAUAUUUUUAAACGAAUGCAAUAUUAGGGACGAAGAACUGAAAUAAUUUUUUAGUGGGUGGGGGGCCUAGUGGAAAUGACUGUGUGAGCAAACUGUUAGUUUCUUAACAUUAACUCUUGGGGGCUUCCAGAUGGCCUUCGGAAUACCUAUUUAACAAUCAGUUAAUUUAUUCUAGGCAUUUUAUGAACAAUGAUAUCAUUGGUUAUAAGUUUCUAACGGGUCAAUCAUUGCUUCAAUGCAGUUUUGAGAAUAACAAAGGAGUAUCUGUACAUAUCAGGCGGAAUAAAUGCCACAAGAUAUUUUGGUUCGA